AUGAAAGAAUUAGAACGACAACAACGGACGAAGGAAACACCAAAGUUUUCGCUCGGAGCAACGCGGAAUUGGCGCGACAUUACAGGAUAUAGAAGGAAAGGAAAUGAUUGGUCUCACACUGUGGUUAGGUCAGCCGUAUGUGUUCCAACACUAAGGAAAUCGCGAACAUUUGCUUCUUUCAUGAUUUGCGGUUGUUGGAAGAAAACGAAUGUUGAAGCAUUGGACUGCUAUCUGAUAGGCAUUGGACUGCUAUCUGAUGGUAGUGCUUGAGAAGAAGAACAUGCUGUUCUGCAUAUGCACGUGGUUACGCAGCGUGAGUACAUAUCAUAUUUUUCUUUAUGUUCAUUAGUUUAUCUUGCUAUAGUAUAGUUUUAGUCCUUCUUGUGUAAAUUCGUCUUUUGUGCAUCAACACAAGAACUAUUCCGGUCAUUGCGCUAUCGCUCGAAAACUAAAUUGUUGUCUCUCACAUUCAAACAUGUAUUUUGUUUCCUAUCAAAAUAUUAUUUUGAUAUACUGUAUCAAAAUGUUUGUCGUAGAAGAAUGAAU